AUGUCAUGUCCCAACAGCGCGGCUCCCAACGCCUUCCUGAUGGAGCCGCUGCCUCGCCCCGACCCCUUCGCCACCGGCCCGGGGCUUUUCGCCCAGCCCGGCGAUUUCUCGCCCUUGAGGAGCUGCGCGGCGCUGCCCAAAGGCGACGAGGCCUCGCUGGGCUCCUUCCCGUCCUACCUGGCUCAGCUGGACACCUGGGCCGAGCCCAAGGGCUCCUUUCGGCCGGAGCCGCCCGCGGCGCGGCCGCUGCCCAGCUGCGCCUUCCCCGCCGUCAAGGAGGAGAGCGGCUGCUGCCUCUUCUCGCCAAAACGCCCCAAAAACGCCCAAAACGCCCAAAACGAGGCCGAGCUCUUCCAGGUAGAGCCCUGCCUGGGUGACCACGAGGUGCCGGUGGCCGGCUACUACCGCUACCCGGCGCUGGAGAAAAGCCCCGAAGCGGCGGAAUUCCCGGCGGGAUUCGAGGGCAGGAGCGGCGAGCGGCUGGAGGCGGCCCCGGCGCCCGCGGCCGAGAGGGGAUCGCCCGAAUUCCAGCGGAGCCGCCCCGAAAAAGCCGUGGCGGAGGAGCCGCAGGGGGAGAUAAAAUCGGAAAAAACGAAAGCGAGCGCGGGCGAGGCGGAAAAGGAGCGGGGGAAGAGCGUGGAGGGCGGCGGCAGCGAUAAUUCCGACAGCGAGGCCAAAGCGGCGGCGCGGGCGGAGGGCGCGGCCGGGACGUGGCUGACGGCGCGCAGCGGCCGCAAGAAGCGCUGCCCGUACACCAAGCAGCAGACGCUGGAGCUGGAGAAGGAGUUCCUGUUCAACAUGUACCUGAGCCGCGAGCGCCGCCUGGAGAUCAGCCGCAGCAUCGCGCUCACCGACCGCCAGGUCAAGAUCUGGUUCCAGAACCGCCGCAUGAAGCUCAAGAAGAUGAACCGCGAGAGCCGCGGCCGCCAGCUCAGCGCCGCCUUCGGCUUCAGCUGAGCGCCCCCGGCCUUUGCGGGGGGGGUUGGGAUUUUAUUUUGAGUUUUUUGGGGUUUUUUUGGUGCUGUUGAAUCGGUGGGGUGUUGUUGUUUGCUCGGUUGGUUUGCUUAUUUUAGUCUGUUCGUUCGUUCUGUUGGUUUAUUUUAUUAUUUUAUUAUUUUAUUCUGUUAUUUUCUUAUUUUAUUCUGUUAUUUUCUUAU